AUGGAUCAGGACAAUUUUACCUUCUCCAGCGCCAUCUUCUACCCUGCCACCGGGUACUCCGCCGAAAUUCUGGGUUGGGUCAUGCGUCCAUUUUCUCUAGAGGAAAGGAUCUCCUAUGGCCACCCCCGGUGUACUCUUCCGACCACCGCACCAUGGGCGGAUACUCUGCCGCCUCUCCGUGGUGGUCUUUGGUCUGUCUUGGAGGGGUAA